AAUGUUUUUCCUUUCUGAAAUUUGUGUAUGGGUUUGGGUAUUUUUUAUUUUUGAGAUUUACUACUUAACGGGUUUAGUUUUGGGGACAUAUUUUCCUGUUAAUAGCUAGGUUUCAUCCUAUAUUAUGCUGUUUCUGGUUGUAGAUGUUCUUAUUCCAGUUUCUAAUGUAUUGGUAUGUUAUCAAUUAACCCUAGAACAAACUUUGCUUUUUGGAUGCAUACUUAUCAACAAUGUAUAGCACAAUAAGAAGAUUUCAUUUGUUGUAAUUUCCUUUUAUCUUUGCUAUCAUUAGUCAAGUAUAAGAUGCUAAGUUACAAUCCUAGACCAUCAGGUAUAAGUUACUCAUAAAACAAGUUUAAAUGAUUAGUUAGUGUCUAGUAACCAGAGACACUACUAAAGAAGUGAGGAGAUUAUUGUCCUCGAGGCUGCCAGGCUGGUGGCUUACGGAACUGCAAUGGUAAGUCGGAGAAGUCUGGCGGACAAAACCAUCUGUGUGUGUCCGUAACCGAGCAAAAUAUAGUGAGGAUUUCUUCUAUAAUGAAUCUCUAAGCACAGAGUAAUUGGAGUUUCUUAGGAGAAUAUAGGUGUUGGUAAUUGCAAAUGGGAACUCUUGUUUGAUAUUAACAAACUUGCUCGGAUUCGGAGUGUUAUGCAUGGAAGAACUAUGCAUUCUUUUUGUUACCUCACUUUUCUUGGGCCCAUGCCUUUAGUUCUUAAUGCUUUUCUGGUAGUGGUCCUCCAUUAGUUCAAUUUGACACUUGACCUUUUGAUAUGUCCUUUGCUUGUUUAUGUGGUCCUGUCUUGAUAAUCGUUUACUGGUGGUCCUUUCGAUAUGUUUUCAUGUCAUCUUAAUGUGUUUCCUUGAUACGGGACACCAUUUAUAACCUAUAUCUGUCUUUCUGAAACUAGCACUGCAUCCUACUAGUUGUUUCGGUGAAGCUGUCAGAAGGAAUCUUGUUAAUAUACAAAAAUAUGUGUUCUUAAUUUCUUGUAUGUAUGGUCAUUUGGAAUCAGGCUUUCGGAUUAAGUAUCUCGAUGAGAACAAGUCAUUGAUCUUAAAGAUUGUUGAGAGCCAGAAUUCUGGGAAAUUGAGUGAAUGUGCGGAGAACCAAGCAAGGCUGCAGCGAAACCUCAUGUACCUGGCUGCCAUUGCGGAUUCUCAACCCCAACCACCCACCAUGCAUGCACAGUUUCCAUCUGGUGGUAUCAUGCAGCCAGGAGCUGGGCACUACAUGCAGCACCAACAAGCUCAACAGAUGACACAGCAGUCGCUUAUGGCUGCUCGGUCCUCAAUGUUGUAUUCUCAGCAACCAUUUUCCGCACUGCAACAACAACAGCAGCAAGCUUUGCACAGUCAGCUUGGCAUGAGCUCUGGCGGAAGCACAGGCCUUCAUAUGCUGCAAACUGAAUCUAGCACUGCAGGUGGCAGUGGAGCACUUGGGGCUGGAGGGUUUCCUGAUUUUGGACGUGGUUCUUCUGGAGAAGGCAUCCAUGGUGGCAGGUCAAUGGCAGGUGGAAGCAAGCAAGAUAUCGGGAGUGCCGGCUCAGCUGAAGGUCGUGGAGGAAGCUCUGGUGGUCAGGGUGUUGAUGGGGGUGAAACCCUUUACUUAAAAGCAGCCGAUGACGGGAACUGAAAGGUAACACCAGUUGGUCCUACGGAUCUGUUUUAUCAUUGAAAAACGGAUGGAAUGGGAGGAAAUUUUCUUGCUCAAGGAACUUGUUCCUUAUGCCAAAAAAAAAAAAAAAAAAAAAAGAAGCUAGGAAAUGGGCUUUAGACCUUAAACCAUUUGGUUUUAUGGUUUUCAAGUGUGAGACACUGCAUCUUAUGGUAAUCUAACAUGUAAAUUUGUAGGGUCUCAUGUUUCAGCAUUCCUUAAUUUUGUGUUUUAUUUAAUGUGGUUAUGGUUCACUUUUAUUAUGACUCUGUUUCAACCAUGUUUCAGUGGAUGAAUUUUGUAUGGUCAUUUACAGAGGUUGCAUAUGAAAAAUUGAGUAUCUUUGCUUUCCCUUUA